CUGCUCCAGACCUCCAAGAUGGCCAUCCAGUUCCGCUCGCUCUUCCCCCUGGCAUUGCCUGGGAUGCUGGCGCUUGGUUGGUGGUGGUUUUUCUCUCGUAAAAAAGGCCACGCCGGUAGCCACAGUGAGCAGGUGGAGGCCAGUGCUGUGGAGCUGAGGGCCGACCCUGCCAUCAAGGAACCCCUCCCCAUGGAAGAUGUCUGCACCAGAGUGGUGUCCACACCUCCUGGCAUCACACAGCUGCCAGAGGAGGAGGUGUCCACCUCCAGCAAGCCGUCUGCAGAGCCCACAGCCUUACUGCGCACACAUGCUGCCCGUCGAAGAUCAGAGUCGUCAGGCAGCCUUCCCAACACCACUGACCCAUGGGCUCAACCCGGAUCUUGGAGACAUGACAGCACAAAGCUGGAACUAGCCCCGGUGGGGGACGAAGUCAGGCCUAUUCCUUUAGAGUGUCCCCUUCCAUCCCCAAAGGGUGUACCAUUCCCACAUGAAGCAGUGGAGGUGUGUAAGCAAGAGUCGACACUCAGCAGGACACCAGGGAGAGGCCACCCAGGCCAGUCUGCGGCCCCUGUGGAGAAGCAUGGCCCUGGAGACAGGGUGCAAGAGACGGGUGGUGCCGAAGGGACCGGCGACGCCAUGUUGGGAGAAAAUGGGCAUGAAGGGCUGUCACCCCAGGAGCAAGUCUCGGCACUGGAGGGCAGCAGGACCCCCGGUGUGGCCCCCGUGGGAGGAGGGGGUGAGGAGGGGAGGAACAGCCCACCCCCGGUGACCGGGCCCGAGCAGAAAGAAGAGUACACAGUCUGGAAGUCGCCAAGCAGCUUCGUUGAGUCGGCCCACUCCGAGCUGACUCAGGCUGAGGAGACCUCGGCGCCCCGGGUCAGAGGUAGCAAAGUCCAGGACAGAGACCUUGUGGGAGAAGCGUGCAAAGAGGAGAGCUUGGAUAGAGAUGAGAAGAUUGAGCAGGCCGCCUUCCAGAUAAUCUCCCAAGUAAUCUUGGAAGCAACUGAAGAGGUGCUGGCCACCACAGUGGGCAAGAUCGCAGGCCGGAUAUAUCAGGCCUCGGCUGGUCAGCUCCAGGGACAGAAGGAGAACGACAUCCCAGUCAGCCAGAAAAGUGACCAGGGCCGGGAUGCUGCGAAGCCUGCCCCAGUCACCACAGAGGGAGCCACCGGCCCAACAGACGCCACCCUUCCCUUGGCAGGUCUGCCAGCAGAGGACCUGCCCCUACCAAAGACCUACGUGAGCUGCCUGAGCAGCCCCCUGUCCAGCCCCACCAAGGACAGUAAGCCAAAGAACUCUGCACACCCCAUCUCCCUGGCCCCCUGCCUGCCACCGGCCACUCCCCUUGGAGAGCCGCUGGAGGGGGCAAGCAUCCUGGUGGGAGACACCGCCUGUGCCACCUGCAUGUCGGACAGCAGCCAAGGUGUCCCUUCAGUGGGCUCCUCAGGAUACUGCUCAGAUUCCCCUAGCACUUCGGGGAUUGGAGACUCUUGCACAGAGACCAGCUCGAGCCCCAGGGACAAGGCCAUCUCCCCGCUGCUGCCAGAAAGUACUGUGCCGUUCAGCAAUGGGGUGCUGAAGAGGGCGUUGUCAGACUUGGGGACUGAGAAUGGAUGGACCGCAGAGGUGGAAGCAAAUCACUCGGGAGAUCCCAACAGGAACAGUGUGGAUUCAACGGACAGCUGUAGUGGCCUCAAAGCGACAGAAAGUUUCCAAAAUGCCCAGGCAGGCGCCAACACUCAGAAGGUCGACCUCAUCAUCUGGGAGAUUGAGGUGCCAAAGCACUUAGUCGGUCGGCUAAUUGGCAAGCAGGGACGGUAUGUGAGUUUUCUUAAGCAAACGUCUGGUGCCAAGAUCUACAUCUCAACCCUGCCUUAUACCCAGAACAUUCAGAUCUGCCACAUAGAAGGCUCUCAGCAUCAUGUAGACAAAGCACUGAACUUGAUUGGGAAGAAGUUCAAGGAGCUGAACCUCACCAAUAUCUACGCACCCCCUCUGCCUCCGCUGGCGCUGCCUUCUCUGCCAGUGACGUCCUGGCUCAUGCUACCUGAUGGUGUCACCGUGGAGGUGAUCGUGGUCAACCAGGUCAACGCUGGGCACCUGUUUGUGCAGCAGCACACGCAUCCUACCUUCCACGCACUGCGCAGCCUCGACCAGCAGAUGUACCUCUGCUACUCUCAGCCUGGAACCCCCACCUUGCCCACCCCAGUGGAAAUAACGGUCAUCUGCGCUGCCCCUGGUGCAGAUGGGGCCUGGUGGCGAGCCCAGGUGGUCGCUUCCUAUCAGGAGACCAAUGAGGUGGAGAUCCGCUACGUGGAUUACGGUGGCUAUAAGAGGGUGAAAGUCGAUGUGCUCCGACAGAUCAGGUCAGACUUUGUCUCCCUGCCGUUCCAGGGAGCAGAGGUUCUUCUGGACGGAGUGGUUCCCUUGUCAGAUGGUGACCACUUUUCACCUGAAGCAGAUGCCGCCAUGAGCGAGAUGACAGGGAAUACAGCACUGCUUGCUCAGGUGACAAAUUACAGUGCAACUGGUCUUCCUCUGAUUCACCUGUGGAGUGUGGUUGGCGAUGAAAUGGUGUUGAUAAACCGGUCCCUGGUGGAGCGAGGCCUUGCUCAGUGGAUAGACAGCUACUACGCAGCCCUUUGACCCCUGACAUCCCCCGACCCCUGCACCCCAGCUGCUUCUGGAGUCUGUUUUGCACUGUUGAAAUUGGGCUUGGCACUCAAGGCAAAGAUUUAACAUCAGAAUAACAACAUUGUCCUCUCCAGAAGUCCUUUUAUUCUCAUACUGUAGUCCUAUUGAGAAGAUGUUUUGUCUCUGAGGAAAAAAAGGUCAGAACUAUGGGUUUGUUUCAAAGCCAUAGGAUAGUGUUUAACAAGCCAGUUGGCUUAACUUGGUGUUCUAAGCUGUUAAAAAAA